AUGAUGGCUCAGAUCUUAAGAUCUCAUCUGAGAGGUGCUUCAGUGAUUCCUAAUCGAAUGAAAAUGGGUCCAUAUCUUGGUGUCAUAAGAACUAGAAUGAUGUCAACCCAUAAAUCCAAAAGGAAUAUGAGAGAAUAUUAUGAGCUGCUGAACCUGGAUGAAGGCUGUUCUGCAGAUGAUGUCAGGGAAUCUUUUCGUAAGCUUGCCAAGCAAUACCAUCCAGACGGUGGCUCUAGUACUGCUGAUUCUGCAACGUUUAUAAGGAUUGAAGAAGCUUACAGGAAGGUACUUUCCCACGUGAUAGAACAGACAAAUGCCAGACAGAGUAAAGUUGAAGACACAGAAGAAGAAGAAGAAAAAUUCAAAUAUAAAACACCCCAACACCGGCAUUACUUAAGUUUUGAGGGUAUUGGUUUUGGGACUCCGAGUCAACGAGAGAAGCAGUACAGGCAGUUUAGAGCAGACCGUGCAACUGAACAAGUGAUGGAAUACCAAAAGCAGAAACUGCAAAGCCAGUAUUUCACUGAUAGUGUCACUGUUAAAGAUGUAAGACACAGUAAGGAACGAAAGAUAACUCAGGCAAUAGAGCGUUUGGUGGAGGAUCUCAUUCAGGAAUCAAUGGCAAAAGGAGACUUUGACAAUCUCAGCGGGAAAGGAAAACCUCUGAAAAAAUUUUCUGGCUGUUCAUAUAUUGAUCCUAUGACUCACAACCUGAACAGAAUAUUGAUAGAUAAUGGAUACCAACCAGAAUGGAUCCUAAUGCAAAAGGAAAUAAAGGAUACCAUUGAUCAACUCAGAGAGGCAAUUUUAGUGUCGAGGAAAAAACUUGGGACUCCAAUGACAUCAGCUGAACAGAAACAGUGGAACCAAGUUUGUGAGCAGUUUCAAGAAAACAUCAAAAAGCUAAAUAAGCGAAUUAAUGAUUUUAAUUUAAUUGUUCCCCUUCUGACCAGGCAGAAGGUCCAUUUUGAUGCACAGAAAGAAAUUGCCAGAACCCAGGAAAUAUACAUGACCCUUAUAAAAACAAAAGAAGUCACGGAUAAAAAUCCAUAUAACAUUGAUCCGGGAGAAGGAGAGAAAACACCUGGAGUUAAGACCAGUUUCUUUAACUGGAUGAAUGUGUGGAAAUUUAUUAAAAUAUGA